GCCCUCACCAAAUCGCACCCACCGAAAAGCAAAGACCGCGGCCCGAAGAGCGAAGAAGACACACAAACAGAUUUCAGUGCCAUGAAUGUGCUGGGAAAUACGCCUCCACCCACGACAGCUGUGGAUGCAUGCAUGGAUGACGGCUUCGCACUAGAUUCUGGGUUACGUGUCGUCGGAUCUGGCGUCCUUCUUGUAGGCGGAGAGUGCUUUCGGUGGAGACCUUGGGUGCGAGAAGGUCGUGCUCCGUCUAUUUCGGGACACCUGAGAAACAGCAAAGGACAGUUAGACAUCCCCAGACAUGCCUGGGGAAUUUUGGACCUCGUUUGGCCGAAACCUGAUUUACUGAUUCUGGGCACUGGGGAGAAAGUGAUCCCGCUUGCUCCGCAGACGAGAAAGGAUAUCAAUGAGCUCGGCAUCAGAAUUGAAGUUCAGGACACCAGAAACGCGGCGGCGCAGUUCAAUAUGCUUGCUACGGAACGAGGCACACAGCAGAUUGCUGCUGCACUUGUCCCGGUCGGUUGGAAAGAG